AAAUUUGGAAUCCAGAAAAUUGCAGGAAAAAAUCUCCGACAUUUCUUUGCUUCUUCUCGAUCAUCAACGCUACAGAAUGGUGCUGCGAAUCACCGUCUUCAAAUCAACUCCUAUUGUGAAAGCGAUUCAGGCAGCCGCAGUGGUUGAAUCUCCGACGGUGAUAUUCAUUUGGAGACCUGAGGGACUUUGUGUGCAAUCCAUGCUUGCGGAUAAGCUGGACCCUGGGGACAACCUCUCUACUCUUCUCAGGCUCGAGGCUCAGACAUUCAGCUCCUAUGAAUCUACAGAUCAAUACUUCAGUGCAGUUGUUGAACGUGUCGACCUCGAAGCAGUCUUUCUCACUGCCAACGAUUCCGAACGCAUCGAGUUUUCCCAAUCUGAUGAAGACAAUAAACUGAAUGGCUUUGGUUACUUGCAUGCCCGCUUCGACAGGCCUGUAGGAGCUUACAAGGAGAACUACAUUUCCUUGAAAAUAUAUGGUAUCUUUUCUGAGAGCAUGCUACGAAGUGCUGAUGUAUCAGCUGAUCCAUCUUUCCUUCCACUUCUCCCUCUGGCUGGAAUUAGUGCACCCGCUUUUGCAGACGCUAUAGCAGUUAUGGAGAGCAUGGCAGAGAAAGUUCUUAUAAUUGUUAAAGAGGGACUAGUAUUUUUUGCUCCUGUUGAUCAAGGGUUGAUGCCACUGAUGCUAGGGCCGAAGAAUGGGGUGAUUUAUACGAUGAAGGAUCUUCCUAAUGAAUCACUUGAGCUUGAGAUCAAACUUCCAUUCCUGAACAUACAUUCUGCUUCGGAACUCUCGUCUGUGGUUUUUCUAUCUAAACGGGCAGAAAAUGUGCUAGUAGUGUGGUUUAAGCUUGAAAAAACGCGAUACCUUUUAAGUGGAGAUAUCAUUUACUACUGGUAUUGAAAGCGGCCGGGGAACUUUUGGUGGCGA